GCUGGCCUUCCAGAGUCCUCCGCCGGGGCGGCGGCGGCGACGCGGAUCCUCCGGCUGGCUCCCACGGACCCUCGCCGCGAAACUCUUCCCCGUGGGACGCGACGGCGUGGCUGCUGCUGCUGCUCCUACUCCUCCUCUCCAUACCCCAGUCAAUCUCCUUGUGCCGCCUGCUGCCUUCCGCCGGAAAUCAAAUUCCGGCGAUAUCCCUCCCGAUCCCGGGUCGGAUCUGCUUCACCUACGGCGAGGAGGCCUCAGUUAGCGUUCUAUAAGUAGGAGUAUCAUACUUCACCUGCCUGCCCUCUGUCGCUCCGUGUCUCGUAUUACUGCAUCUACGGGAGAGAUCAUCAAGCACAGGGGAGAGGGAAAUUGGGGAAACAUACAACAGAGCUCUGUUUCUUCAUGGAUAGCAGCAUAACCCGGUGUUUGGCCUUGUCGGGUGUGCUGACAACGUAUGGACAGAGGCUUGCCGAAUUGCUCGUCGUCCAUCGUCUGUUACCCAGUGAACCCCAGAUCCUGGAGCGGCCGACACCGCCGGAGCUGCCGGAGGACAUCCUGAUGUGCAUAUUCGCCAGCCUUGAGACCCCCGACCUCGUCCGGGCAGGCUCCGUCUGCUCAUCAUGGCGCUCCGCCUGCAACAGGCUCUGCAAUCUUGGGCUCUUCAGGCAGACACAGGCACCGUGCCUCCUAUAUACCUCUGAAUCUGCCGGCGAGAGUGUUGCAGGCCUCUUCAGCCUCGUGGAGAACAAAUCCUACACACUAGCCCUUCCAGACCCACCUAUUCGCACCAGGUAUGUGAUCGGCUCCAACCAUGGUUGGAUCAUCACCGCCGACGAUAGGUCCGAGCUGCACCUCCUCAACCCCAUCACCGGUGACCAGAUCGCCCUGCCUUCCGUUGCCACCAUUGAGCAGGUGAAGCCCAUCUUUGAUGAUGCCGGCGCUCUUCACAAGUAUCAGUACUCAUGGUACACCGGCACUCCGCUCUUAGCCGACUACGACUUCCCUACGCCCUCGGUCUUUUCGCUUGGCGAGCUGCGGGACUACCUCUUCGGGAAGGCAUUUCUGUCAUCUGAUCCAUCCACCGGAGAUUAUUAUGUGGUACUCAAGCAUAAUCCAGAGUCACAGCUUUCAUUUGCAAGAGCAGGGGAUGAUAGAUGGACUUGGUUGCCACCACAUGUUGAUUAUGCAGAUUGUUUCUUCAAGGAUAGCCUGCUCUUUGCAUUGGAUUCACACGGAGAAGUCCGUACAUUUGAUCUCAGUGCGCCUGUAGUAACACAAACGAUCGUUCUGGGGAGAAUGAAGUCUUGCAUCGUGGAGUGCAACUAUAUGUACAUUGCUCAAGCUCCAUGCGGUGAUUUGUUGCAAGUUUGGAGGUCAAGAAACUCUUUGGGUUGGGAGGAUGAGGAUGUCUCAGAACAGGGGCUUGAGGAUGGGGAGGAUGAGCACAUUUCAGAACACAAGCUUGAGGAUGCGACGGAUGUGUCGGGGCUGGAACCUGAAGAUAGGGAGGAUGACGAUGUUUCGGAACCUGAGUCAGGCUCUGAUUCUCAUGUGAUCUUCACUGACAAGUUUGACGUAUUUAAAGUGGAUUUUGCUGCAGCAAAUCUUGAAGACAUUACUAGCUCAUGUGACAGUGUGAUGUUUCUUGGGUAUAAUCAAUCACUUUGUUUGAGUGCCGAUGAAUAUCCACAGUUAAAGUCCAGUCAUGUCUAUUUUACUGAUGAUGAUGGCUAUUAUCAUUUUGGAAGCAUGGAGAGUGAGCGUGAUAUUGGAGUCCUCAACCUUGGAAAUUGCACUGUUGAAAGAAUUGCAUCACCUCAGCUUUGGUCCAACUGGCCAGCCCCUGUGUGGUUUAUACCAAAUCCCCGGAAGAUAAAUUUGGCAUCACACGAUUAGCCACAAGAUGCUUCAUUUAUACUGAUAUAUCAAUCUUUGUACCUUGUUGUAUGUCGUUCCAAUAAAUUUCUAUAAAGAAAUAAUAAUAAAUAAUUUCAAAAAAAAAUCAUGGAACUAGUGGAAAAAGGAGAGGUGUGUUUAUGUGGUGCGCUAAUGGCAGCAUCAUCAUUUACAUUGCAUAUAGGUGAUCUUGGUAUUGUGACUGUUUUCUGAAAAGUUUCAGAUUUGUUGGCCAAACUGAACUAGAUAUGGCGCCACUACAGAACUAGCUAAGCUUGGGAUAGCUCCAUUGCCUCAGUUUAUUUGCUGAUUUUUUUUACCCUUAUGCAUACUUCUAACAUUCUGGAUGAAUAAUUAUUAUCCAGUAACAGUAUUCUUUGAAGUAAAGCCAGUUCAGUGGUUUCCAGAUUGCUUAUGUUCAUAAGGGAUUUGCAUCUCCAUGACCUGCAUAUGCAGCAUUUGGGAGCAUUGUGCUACAUCCGAGUUUUUCUUCUCUAAGGUGUUCUCUCAGAAAAAUGACGAAGUACCAAAGAAGAUAUUGCACUUGAAAUCAGCGAGAGCAUGUAGACUGCCACAUCAAUGCUUGAUUUGUGAUGCAAAUUUGGAGGUCAUCGACCAGCACGCACUCAAUCACCAUGGAAGCCUGAGGAUGACAGGGAUGGAAGGGGUGGAGGUACUUCACUGAGUUUUGCUGCAAGAAUGUCAUAUUUGAUAUAACAAGCUAGGUGACAGUGCGAUUCCCAGGUUUUGAUACUACAGAAAUGUCAUAAUGGUUUUCCAGGAUGAUAACUUAGUCUCAUAGAACUAGUGUAAAUCAAAGAGAACAGUUACCUAUUUACAGUCAUAAACUCAU